AUGACGAUCAAACCUUCACACCAAUCCGCACCAUUCAUUACAGCUUCCAGUUCUUCUUCUCAUAAACAUUCCUCAGCCAAUAUAUCUUCAGUAUUAGAUCAAGCUGACAUUUAUUCCAGCAGAAAAUCGCAUGUUUUUACUGCUGAAUCAGAAAAUCAUCCAUCGAUUGCUACAAUUGGCAGUUCAUCAUACGCCGUUUUUAGAAAACUACGCUCUCUAGUACCAGAAUGUGCUUCUCUUUCUGAUACAGAACUUGUUAAAGUGGCUUCACAAACUAGCGAUGAAAUGAUGCUGGCAAAACAAAAGGUUUUGGCAUUCACGUUUCAAAGUCUUGGUAUCGAGUCGGUACGACAUUUACUUGAAACUAGAAAGCUUGAAAGGAGGCAAUACAUCAAAUCUAAUUUGACUGAAAGUGAGAGAAAGGCAAAGGAGGAUGUAUUCAGAGCAGUAUUUAAUCAACUAGUAUCAAAGGAGCUGAGUAAUCUAUCAUUCGAGCCUUCUUUGACCAGCUCAUCCAUACUAUCUAGCAAAAUUAAUUAUAUUAAAGUCUUGACCUUUUUGGUAGAUGCGAUCCAACGUAUCUCAUACAAAGCCUCUUCCUCAGUCUCCAAACCAUCCAUUAAAAAGGCUUUUUCUACGUCAUCGCUACGUGAAAAGGCGGGAAAUAGUACCGCAAGAUCAAACCUGGCUUCUACAGAAAAACAAUCCAUUUUGCAAACAGUUAAUGUUAAAAAUCAAACUUCUGGUACGAAUGGUCGACUUACAUCCAUCGCUUCAAUGUCUAAUAUCACUGAAAAGCACCCGCUAGAAAUUUCUGAUUCGGUACUAUCUAUUGCUCGAGAAGCCAAUAGACAAAAUAGUUCAUCAAAAACAUCAACCUCUGGUACGCUUAAAGCAGACAAAACUGAUAUUGGCUAUUUUGAAGAAAAGAACCGACUUCUUUCUAGCCAGUCGCGCGAGUUAAAGCAAGAGAUGGAUCAACUCAAAAAAGCGUAUACCAAACUACAAGCUGAAUAUACUGCUUUAAAAGAUCUGUAUGAUAGUGCUACAAAAGAAGCAACCGUUACAGAUGUAAAGUUGGAUCCAAGUGCAGUGCUGUCAUCAUUAAAUAGACGGCGAAUCAUGCUGCUUAAAUCUCAAAAUAUUCAACUGUUUCGCCAAGUAGACCUAUACAAGAACGAGAUUGUCUCUCGUGAAGAAUCAGUGUAUGACGUUUCUGGAGCAGCAAAAAAAAUCCAGACUAAGCUCAAAGAACUGUUUUCUGGCCAGGAGUUUCUCAAGGAAAAGGAAAAAAAGAGUCAGUUUAUGGAAUGUCUUGGAAUGCUUGAGUCCAUGUACAAGCAUUCCACUCGGCAUGUUCGAGAUCACUUGGAUCCAGACCAAGAAUCUAGAUCCACGAGCUUUCGAUUUGUAUCUGCAUUUGUGUCUUCAAAAGGAUUACUUUUAGAAAACUCCAAGAAUCUUACCAUUGAUGAUAUUUCGAGUGGUGGCAUCGGACAUAUCAAUCUGCGUCAUGUAUCCCGGUUAGAAAAUGAAAUGCACACACUUUAUGGUGAACUGACUAAACUCGACAAAUGUAUCUCAACUGCUGUUACUCCAAAUAUAUCUUCAAUUAUCGAGAAACAUGUUUUGAACACCUUACAAUCUGCGUUGAAUCAAACCAUGGUUGUCGCAGAGGGAUUGUUUAGUCUUCAGCUUUUAAUUCCCGCGCCGCCACUUCCGAAACUGGAUAAAGUUUUGAAGGAUCCAGGGGAACGACCGCCAACUUUGAAAGCAAUUGUUGACUGUCUGCCUGUUUCUACAAAGACUAAACUGCAAGAGCCACUUUUACUAUUGGAAAAGUCAUUGGCUACCGAACAGAAACUGCAUUCUAUUGAACUGGAUGCUCUUAAAAAGGAACUCAAGUUCCAUCAAGACGUGUAUUCCAAAUACAACAUCAUGAUCUCCGAAGUAGUACAGAAACUAGAUAGCAGGCGUAAACAUAUUGCCAAACUUUUAAUAGAAAGUGUGACACCACUUGCAGAUCUUCAGCAAAAACUUGGAUCGCUUGAACUUACUCGUGAGGCUGUAACUGUAUUUUUGGAAGACUUUGAAUCCACAUUGACGAUGGUCAUGAAACGCAUUACUGAGUUGGAGAAUAUUGGGUCUGAUGAUAAAUAG